AUGAUAUCUCUUCCUGCUCCCAUCCCCGUCGAUAGAUCGUAUUACGACCUGGGUACCCUCACCCGACAGAUUACCACCACCUCUGCCGACGCUCAAGAAUGGUUCAACCGUGGUCUGAGAUGGGUUUACGGAUUCAAUCAUGCUGCUGCAGUGUUCUGUUUUGAACAAGUGCUCGCGCAUGAUUUAAAUUGUCCAGCUGCAUAUUGGGGUCUGGCAUACUCUUUGGGACCGAACUAUAAUAAGCCAUGGGAGGUCUUUGACGAAGAAGAUAUCAAGAGAACGGUGGAAAAGUGUCAUUUGGCGAUAGAAGAAGGAUUGAAAAUAAAGGUCGGAACGGACGUAGAGACAGCUUUGCUUGGAGCGAUAGGGAAGAGGUUUCCAGAGAAUAGGGAUAGUAGAACCCCUGACGAAUGGAAUGUGAGCUACGCAAAUGCCAUGGUGGACGUCUAUAAUCGGUUCCCGGAUGAUAUCGAUGUCGCCGCUCUCACUGCAGAUGCUCUUAUGAAUCUUACCCCUUGGGCUUUGUGGGAUAUCGCUACAGGUUUACCAGCACCCAAUUCACGUACUCUUGAAGUGGAAGCUAUCCUCAACAAAGCUCUCGCUACCCUUCCUGGAUCAAAUCAUAUCGGCAUCCUUCACUUAUACAUCCAUUACAUCGAAAUGUCACCUACGCCUGAACUCGGAUUAGUUCCUGGAGAUUUACUUCGGAACCUCUCACCUGACGGUGGUCAUCUCACACAUAUGCCAUCACAUAUCGACAUUUUAGUUGGACAUUACCGCAGAGCUAUUGCAUCCAAUUGGGAUGCAGUUAUUGCCGAUGAAAAAUAUCGUAAAGAGUCAGGUGAUUUAGGAUUAUACACAUUCUAUCGAGUACACGAUUAUCACACGAUCGUCUUUGCCGCUAUGCAUUGCGGACAAUUCGGCGAAGCUAUGAGAGCAGUGGACGGAAUGGAAAAUUCAUUGUCUUAUGAUGUAUUAAGAGUCGAAUCACCUCCAAUGGCAGAUUGGUUAGAAUAUUUCUUGUCGGUGCGUCCUCAUGUCCUAGUACGAUUCGGCAAAUGGGAAGAAAUAAUAUCGACAGAAUUGCCUGAAGAUUCUCAACUUUAUUGCGUGCUCACCGCAACUUUACAUUACGCCAAAGGUAUCGCAUAUGCCGCAACCGGGAGAAUCGAAGAAGCUGAAAAGCAGCAGCAUCUCUAUCUGGAAGCAAUCAAGCUUGUUCCAUCUUCCCGGAUGAUCUAUCCUAACAGUUGUUUGGACAUUCUGGCUGUUGGUGUUCCAAUGUUGAGCGGAGAAAUCGCUUAUCGAAUGGGCAAUUACGAUUCUGCUUUCUCAUCACUUCGAGAAGCUGUCAAGAGGUAUGACAACCUAAUUUAUGCGGAACCCUGGGGAUGGAUGCAACCUGUUCGACAUGCUUUGGCGGCUCUCUUGUUGGAACAAGGUGAAGUGGAAGAAGCUGCCGUGGUGUAUGAAGAGGAUCUUGGUAUAAAUGGCAGUCUUCCUCGAGCUUGUCAACAUCCUAACAAUGUGUGGGCACUUUACGGGUACCACAAAUGCUUGAAAAAACUCGGGAGGGAUAUGGAAGCUAGAUUAAUCGAAAAGCAGCUAGCAAUUGCAUUGGCGGUGGUGGACGUUCCGAUUGAUUCGUCUUGUUAUUGUGCGAGUGAAAAGCAAUCUAAGCACGCAAAUGGUUUAUGUUGUGAUGGAGACGAUGAGAACCUGUAA